CAUCAUAUCAUCGCAUUCCUCUACUUAACUUUGCCCAGUGCAGUUGUGUCUGUUUGUCCCAGUGAUUAGAAUUAAUUUCUACAAAAAAUUAUUUUUACAUUUAUAUAAAAAAUAAUCACCCGCUAAUUUAUACAAAAUGGUGUACAAAGUUCAGAACAAGUCCGAUUUCGAUGGUCAACUUACCGCUGCUGGCAGCAAAUUGGUUGUGGUUGACUUCUUUGCCCCAUGGUGUGGUCCAUGCAAGGUGAUUGCUCCAAGACUUGAUGAAUUGGCUGCUCAAUAUGGUGACAAAGUUGUCGUAAUUAAGGUUGAUGUAGAUGAAUGCGAAGAUAUCGCCAUGGAAUACAACAUUUCCAGCAUGCCUACAUUUGUUUUCAUCAAAAAUGGAGCUAAACUUUAUAGCUUUUCUGGUGCUAACGGUGAUAACUUGGCCAAACAUUUUGCCGAAUACGCAUGAUUUGUUUAAAUAAUUUUUAAUUCUUAAAUAAUUGUCCCUAAAUCCUUUAAGCAAAAAAACAACAAUAUUUUCCUUUUGUUUCAUUCAAAUAAAUAAAAAAUAAAUCAUGUUUUCUAUAUGGA